UGAAACAAUGAAAGAAGAACAAGGGAGAGAGAGAGAAAGAGGAACAAAAGAGCUGGUCCUUUGCUAAGGAGACUUAAAAUUAAUAUUCAAUUUAAUUAAGCCAUAGAGCGCAAGUAAUUUCUCAAGUCAAUUCCACCAUAUGGGGGAGGGCCGCCCCUUUGAUACUUUUCUAAUAUUAAUAUAUAACUGCAAGCUUCUGCCCUCUGCUCCUUUUACUAUGAACCAGUCCUUUGAUGCAGUCUCAAGAUUACUAGUCAAUCAUUGAAUCCUCCAUAGCCAUAUAAACUGCCAUUAAAUACUAGAAUUCGACACCCUCUUGACACAAGGAAAGAAGAGCUAGGGGGAGAGAGGGACAGAGAGAGAAGAAGCCAAUGAUUGAGAAUGUCAUCAAGAAAAUUUAGCAUGCCAUUUCCUUCACACGCAUUACAAGUGAUUACCCUCUUCUAAAGGAAGAACUCUCCUUACAUAUGAUGGUUUGAUUUCUAGAUGUGUUCAUAUAAAGGGUUUAGAAAACACUGGCUCUUGAAAGAAAUACAAGAAAAGAUUGAAGAGGAAAAGGUGAAGAACAAAUGACUGAGAUUAUGGAGAUUACGAAUCAGCAGGAGUAUCAAUCUGCCCCACUGUGGAUCUCGGAUGAAGGCAAAGUUGAUAUUAAUAGUACUGACAUUGUGGAUCAAGUGUUGCUCCGGAUUAUCCAAAAGCUUAACAAAUACAAAUAUUGGUCUAUGAUUUGGAGAUGGCAAAUACAUAUCAAUACUGUGUCUGUGGAUGACCAUAAACCAAUACUGGUCAGUAUUGGUACUAAUCACCAGGACACAAUCAAGACAGACGUAAUCGAGUUGCAUAAACUCAAGUACUUGAGAGAUUUUGUUAUACGUACAGAUACCAAUGUGGAAAAACUUUUGAGGGCCAACUUAGAGCUUUUCUUAUCUGAAUGCAUCUACAGCAACGAUCGAAGUGACCCUUAUGAUGUGUUGAUAGAAACAUGGAUUCUUGAUGGUUGCUUCAUCAUCGAGUUGUUUAUGAAAAACGACGAGCGAGAAGACAGUCUUCUUUUUGAGUCAGAACGGAUUUUGUAUGCCUUAAAUCGAGACCUGAUUCUACCCAACAACCAGAUGCCCAGCGUGUACUUCAUAAUCUUGAUCAAAGCAUGUAGCCUUUCAAAGAAAUCGGAUCAAGAUAAUGACGAGAAGCUCAAGCACUUCUACAGGUUGGCCCGGAAGUUUCUAGAGGGUAUUGUUCCAAACCAGAAACUAUACCAGUCGCUUGACGACAUUGAUCAUCAGUUUGAGGAUCUUCGAAGCAUAGUAUAUGACGGUUUGAAGUGGCCAUUGCCCCACCAAGCUAAUGAUAAUGUUAAAGUUAGGGAUGAUAAAUGGAACUUGGUGCAAUCCGCAACUGAGCUUCAAGAGUUUGGAGUUGAGUUCAAAAUGAUCGAGACAGACAAUUUUGUCGACAUAAAGUUUACGAAUAAGGUAUUGAAAAUCCCACGCAUACGCAUUCGAUAUGGCACACCAUAUUGUAUCAAGGUAUUACUCGAGUACGAGCAGAGUCAUCGCCAGAGCAGAUACCUUAACAACUACCUAUGGUUCAUGAACAGUCUGGUGAAAUCCCCCAAUGAUGUUCAGCUACUUCGCCAGAAAGGGAUCAUUGACAACCUAUCGGAGCUACCUGAUGAUGCCGCAAUUCAUAAGUUUUUGAAAGAUUUAUACGCGUCUCUAAUGAUCUCUCCCGCUAACUUCAACUAUAUCCAAGUUUGCAGGGAUCUAAAUUUGCAUUGCAGUCAUCGGCGAAACGUUUGGAUGGCAAAAUUGAAGAGGGAUUACUUCAACAGCCCAUGGACAGUCAUCUCCGUCAUGGGUGCUUCCCUGUUACUUAUUUUCACUGUUGCGCAAACUAUAUUUUCUGCUGCCUCUUACUACAAACAAGGCUAGCUAAAGCUAAUAAUUAAGUCAUGUGCAUGUACCUUUAACCUACUACUGUUUCUUAUACAAUAAACCUUGUGUGAGUGUGUGUGUUGUGUCGAAGAUUAAUUUGAAUUUUCUUUAUGCAUGCGCAUGCAUAUAUGUCUUGGUUUAUGUGCGUGCAACUUCAAUGUUAGUUUAUUAAU